CUGAGCAGAGCUGAGCAGAGCUGAGCAGAGCAGAACAGGCACCAGCUUGACAGUGUUACUAAGGCAUUUUGUCCACACUCUCUGAUGAAUGGCACUGUUGAAGGGAAAUAGCUAAUCAGCUGUCUGUAGGGACACAUUAUCCAUCCGGCUUUCGACUUCCCUGGAUGUAACUCACUCACUGACUGGAGCUUUGCUGUGUCUUCACCACCCUCACAAAUGCCCCUCCCCGAUGUCUAACUAACUGCCCUCCAUCUCACCUGAGAGGAGCAGAGGACCUGUAACAACCCCCACCCCCAAAAAUACUUCCACCUCUUCCUCCUCCUCCUCCUCCUCCUCCUCCUCCUCCUCUCUACUGUUCACCUGGACAGAGCAGGCACAAGACAAGGGACACACAAUGGACUGCAGCUAUGCUCUCAGCACUCAGAUAGUGUUUGCUGCUUGAUCUGCCUCUUUUUUUCGGAGAGGAGAGGAAAAGAGGAGCGCAGAGAAGAAUUUGGAAUCAGGCUCUCCAGGAGCGUCUACGAACUCAGCGGGAAAGAAGCCGGCCAAGUUUGUCAGGAUGAUAUUGGGAAGUAUCAACCGAACGGGGGCAGUCCCAACAUUUUUGCGGACCCCCACAAUGAUCCAGCCUCAUCUGGACAUGAAGACCUUCCUGCAGUUCCCCAUGGAAACACCUCCGCCUCACAGUGUUGGACUCUUCCACAAUUUUAACACAAUGGAUCCUGUUCAGAAGGCAGUGAUCAACCACACCUUCGGAGUCCCACUGGUUAAGACCAAGCGGCCCAUCAUCUCCUGUAAUGUCUGCCAGAUUCGGUUCAACUCAGAGAGUCAAGCAGAGGCCCACUAUAAGGGGAACCGGCAUGCCAGGAGAGUGAAAGGCAUUGAGACCUCUAAGACUCGUCCACAGGAAAGUGACAAGCCUCCUCCUGGACCUACUUCCUCCCCAUCACCCCCAGGAGCCCCGACAGCCAAUACAGACACUGACUCCAGCAAAACAGAAGAGACGCAACCUGUGUCACAGCUGAGCAGGCCUGUGGUAGCGCAAGGGUCUGCGCCUGUGUCGGCUCCCCCUACCCCGGACUCCCCUGCUUCCUCUUCUGCUGCCCUCAUGCCAAGCCCUACCACUCCUCUUCCUCAGCCUGCAAGCAGCUCCUCACCUGGUUGUGGGUCUUCGAACUCAGAGCCUGCUGGAGCACCAGGGGGGACUGCAGCUACUCCUGGCAACGGAGAGACGGAGGAGGACAAAGCCAAGAAACUGCUGUACUGCUCGCUGUGCAAAGUGGCCGUCAACUCUCUCUCUCAGCUGGAGGCUCACAAUAAAGGCACCAAACACAAAACCAUUCUCGAGGCUCGGAGUGGACUGGGUCCCAUUAAGGCGUAUCCUCGUCUGGGGCCCAAGCCCAGUGGAGAGAGUGGGCCUACAGACCCGAACACUCAGGAACGCACCUUCCACUGUGAGAUCUGCAAUGUGCGGGUCAAUUCAGAACUGCAGCUCAAACAGCACAUAUCAAGUCGAAGGCACCGGGAUGGAGUAGCAGGGAAGCCCAACCCACUCCUGAGCCGACACAAAAAGCACAGGGGUGCAGACCUCACGGAUCUCACCAAAGCACUGGGUGCUGGCCUCCUGCCCAGUCCUCUGGCUGUAGCUGCAGCUAUGGCAGCUGCCGCCUCAUCCAAUCCGCUAGCUCUCCGUGCCGCAGCUCCCACCCCACACCCUCAUCAUCAUCUAUUACAGGCCCCACACCUUAGCCAUGCUAUCCUGAGACCGGCCCCGGGGCCAAUCCGUACCUCACACGGGCCCAUUCUUUUCUCACCCUACUGACACACCCUUGUGCACUUCAGCCAGCCAGGAGCAAACUCCAAAAGCACACUGUGAAGAAACAAGUAGAAAACUAAAUAUCAAACCACACAGCAAUGACUAGAAUUAUCUCAUCCACCAACUGCUCAAUUAUAAAAAAGCUGGAACAAAAGGAAAUGGAGGACAACAAAGGGAAAAGAUCUGACAAGAUGUUUAUUCCUUCUUUCCCUGUCCCUACCCUUCUAUUUGCUUUGGAGUGAGUGAUUAGCAAUGAAUAGAAAGAUGGUAUACAGUAAUUACUUCAGCUCAGCAUCUAUCUUUCCCUUCUUGUCACACACACACACUCUGUAAGACAGAAGCAGUCAGAUAGGAACCGGAUGGAAGAAACAAACUGCUGGUGAGUUGUAUAACAUGUAACAUACCCAAAAACGCACAUAUACUAAAAGACUACUACUUCUAACUGUUUCCAUACAGUAUGUACUGUGUACCACAGUACAAGUUCUUUCUCUUUGUCAUGUUCAGCGUGUCCUGAGCCCUAUGCACCUUGGAAAAAAACAACAGAAACACAUUCUGUGAGUAGGAUAGCUGCUUCAAGUGAUCUCCUCUUUAAUCAAUCCAUGUCCUAUGACAUUCUGCCCUGUAAGACACUGUUAGAAUCUUUACAGUGUGGAGAAGCAGCUCUGUAUAAUAUACAGAGAUCGGUCCCUCGGAAGAACUACAGCAUUCAAGAAGUGAGAAUACAACCAGAGAGGAUGUUGUGCCUGUGUGUGUGCGUGAGUAGAAGGAAAUCUGGUUUCAUGGAAGUAUGGGGAAACAUACUCACAACACUAAGUGGGUACUACAGUUUGGAUUCAGAACAAACACUAACAUCAAAUCUUCCUGGGGGAAAAAAUCCACCAACUUUCAUCUUCUCUACGAGUGAGAGGAAGAUAUGAGCUGACGAUCUGCUAUUUAGUAGAAAUCAAUCUUCAGUUCCUAAAGGAAGACUUUAUUUAUUCUUGUGCAGUGUAGCAUAGUCCAAAACUUCCAAGUUGGCUGAUAUUGGUAGUAUUACAUAAACAAAAAAUAUAUAUAUGUGUGUUAUAGAGAAGAUGGAAUAGCUGUUAGCUUAAUGAUGAUGGUAAUAGAUGGACAGUGGGGUUCUUUCAGAGAAAGGUUAUAUAACAGGGGUGUCCAAACUGCUUUCUAUUUAGCCUAUUUAGCUUUAAAUAGAUUGGCUUAAGAAUGAACAUUUGCAUGUGACAUACGUACUUUGACCAGCGGGUGUCACUAUUGUGUAAAUUUGAAUCUAAAAACCUUUCCACUUUUCACAACGUUUUUAUGGUUAAUUCUACAGGUCUAUAUUAACAAUGUGUCACAAAAGACACCACAAAUUCCUGACAAAAAAAGAAAAGGAAUGUAGAUACAUGUAUGCUGGCAAAAUGAGUACUGAAUCUGUGGUGGCUUGUCCAUAGAGGCAGGUGGGGCAGAGCCUGACACUUAUAAAAAUAUAUUCAGCUAUAUAACAAACAUUAAUGUUCCCUUUUAAAUUCCACUAAAAUAGUGACUGUGACUAAUAUUGAGUGUUGCUAGUACAGAUUUGUUAUUGAUAUUUAAUUGAUAUAACCGGGGCACGGUGGCUUAGUGGUUAGCACGUUCGCCUCACACCUCCAGGGUUGGGGGUUCGAUUCCCACCUCCGCCUUGUGUGUGUGUGUUUGUGUGUUUGUGUGUUUGUGUGUUUGUGUGUUUGUGUGUUUGUGUGUGGAGUUUGCAUGUUCUCCCCGUGCCUCGGGGGUUUCCUCCGGGUACUCCGGUUUCCUCCCCCGGUCCAAAGACAUGCAUGGUAGGUUGAUUGGCAUCUCUGGAAAAUUGUCCGUAGUGUGUGAUUGUGUGAGUGAAUGAGAGUGUGUGUGUGCCCUGCGAUGGGUUGGCACUCCGUCCAGGGUGUAUCCUGCCUUGAUGCCCGAUGACGCCUGAGAUAGGCACAGGCUCC